UCCUUUGCGAAUCGUAGUUGACCUUUACUUUGAUUACAUUCUCGUAGAGUGUUUGACGGGAAAUCAAUUAAAAGUCCAGUCAAAUGUAUAGCAGGACGAAACACGUACGACUUAUCUAUUUCGAGAGUGAUCACUUAAUAUUCUAAGGUCAGUCUCUAUUAAUUCAAGUAUGACGUUUAUUUAACGCAACACUAACGUCUAACAACACGAAACUCUAAACCCUCGAGCAAACUGAUUUCCCUUCUCAAAAUAAUAGCGGCCCUUUCGCGGCGGCCUCUCGAUUUCUACGCCGGGCAUUCCAGGUCGCUUCUCAAUUCCGUCUUUUCUCUCGGACAAAAGCACCCCCGAAGCCACAUCCAGCUGCACCCUGCGCAAGCAGCACCACCCCCGAUGUGUAACUGACGUUUUUGACGCGUCAAGUGGUUCCAUCGCGCUUCCAUCUCGAGGGUCGCCGCGCCGCUCGUCGGCUACUGUUUUACAUAAACAUUGCCGGGAGGGUGGGCGGAUCGGCGGAGCUGCGGACCGCGUCGCGGGGGCCGCAAAUGUCGCGGAGAUUUCUCUCUAAGUGAUCUCAAGUGUUUUCGCAGUUGAUUCGCGCGUCGCAUCGGCGCGUUAGCUCCCCGGUCCGGAGCUUUUUAAGCUCCGUUUAACCCUGGCCUCGGGACCCGGCUAACUUCGGUAUUUAGUUAGUCAACCCUGCCCGCAAGGCGUCAUGGGAAACGACAAGUGGCCCAGUCUCGCCCCAGUAUCGCAGUUGCGCGUGUAUUCGGACAUACGUGAUGCUAAUACGCAUGUGCGUGUGUAUGCGUGUUGUGGCUGUAUAUGAUUUGUCGCUGCAUCGAGCGGUCUAUAUGCCUUUCAUGUGAUAAUCCUUGUGUAUUUAAUCGCAGAAUGUCGAUGAAGCCGACUCGGUGCUUGACGCAAAAAGUAAAUGUAUCCCUCGUGGACUAGUAAUUUGCUUUGAGCGGGAGAGCGGGAUGUGGAAAGAGCACUCGACGCGACGAACUUUCAAUGAGUGUUUGUUUAACAAUUUAGACUUGCCGUAACUCUGAUUUCUGCCGUUUCUCGGUAGCCACCGACUCGUAAUUUUAAAUUUACGUUUGAAUAUACGGUUCGGCUAUCGGCACUAAACCGUGACGAAAGUACCUGCGCAGCGUAAAGCUAGAUUUAAUACGUUAUUAUCUCUCGCGGGCUCUUGUCGAGUUUAGGCCGCAAAACAGCACAUUUAAUGACCGCGAUGUAGUGGUGCUGACGUCUGAAAUUCGAGCCCGUAAAAUUAUAAAGCACGUCGUUCGGGGCGAAAGUGCUGCGCGGCAAGUAACAUCUCGGUGAAUGAAUUACGAGUUGCGUUAUAAAAGUCAGAAAAUAUCGCGGAAUUUUUCUUAUAUUUAAUUGAAAAUCACACGAAAUUCCGUUCUUCGGUCAGUGCACUGUUUCUGUUAUAAUAAUGAUUGUACCUACGAUGAGAUCGUGAACUUUCUCUCUAUGCGCUUUGCGUCGCCUAUCACUUAUCGAAAUUACGUUACCUUAUCGCGGGAAUUAUCGCCAGUGCCACUCGUUUCGUAACCUCUGCAAUCGCAGAGGUCGAUAAUGCAACGAUCGCUGUAUAUGAAGUCACCUGCUUCAACACGCUCUUUCACGCCUUAAUUAUGUUUAUGAAAGAGAUUACAUUAUCGCGAUCCGUUAGGCGGCAUUAUACGAAUCCUCACGGGGGAGAUAAUGUUCCGAUAACGAUUUUUAGGGCUUCGAUAGAACGCACGAAAUAUCGCAAUUUGAGAAAUUCCUAAACGCAAAUAACACGCUAUCCAAAUUAGAGAUUAUAAUAUAUUUGAAAUACUAUAAUUUGUUUAACAAAGUUUUUGAAAAAAUCUGUUUCGCGCUUUAUUAGAGAACGACGAAUCGAAAGUGAUUUACACGCCAAUAUUCGCCGAUAAAGCCCGAUGUUUUGAUAAAAAUUAUUUUACUUCGUGUGAAGUUCAGCACGUUAUUUCGCGACAUUCUGCUAUUUAUGACUAACUUAUGGCGUGAUGGAUGUGAAUGAGACACGUUCACGCACGAUGUCAUAAAAUCGCCUGGAAAUUUCCGUUCCACCUAAUCACAGAAAUACGUCGUUUGACUUUCACUCGAUCUUGCCAAUGUGUUUGAGUUUCUUUGAUUUUCGUAUCUUUUUACUUUGCUAAUGGAUUGCGCUCUUGAAGAUGUUCGCACAAAGGCCGUAUUAUUUCUCUCAGCUAUCGAGAUCCUAUCCGAUUUUGAAACUUGUUGACAUUUACGACCGUCAGUCAUUUAUACGAGCGUAUGUUUUGGAUAAUGUCUACAUUUGUAUUUUAAUGUAUAUCCUGUUCUACGUGACGUUAUGGUAUGCCAGUAAUAUAAUAAAAAGGAUUGAAAAGUCGAAUCGAGAAAUGUUAACGACAGUUGCAGAGAACAAAACUAAAUUAGACAGAUUGGUAUUGCUGAAAAACAAAAAGACGCAGUUUGAAGAAGUGAUCGUAAAGACGGCGGAUGCGCAAAAAAUUACUACAAAGCAAUUAGAAGAUGAAAUGUAUAAACUCAGUACGGAAUUGAUUACUACGUCCAGUAAAAUCUCCAAGUUGGAAAAAGUCGUUGAAAAAAUGGUUUUUAGUACGAACAACCAGACAAAUUUAUAUAUUCAACCGACGUCAUCGCAGCCAGCGAAGGUGAACAUUCAAAACGACUCGAAGGAGUCACGAAGUCGCUCGAGAAAUAUUCUCGAACCGUCAUUCCCACCGAUUAUGCCACCGGAACCUCCGCCUCGGAAGUACGGGAUCUUUGUCAGUCGACCGCCUGGGCAACGGAGAGCAGUGUCUGCAGAUGCGCCUGCAGCUCCGCCGCCAAAAGUCAGAUUCAAAUAAUAGUGCUUCGGCAGAAGCUUCCUCGGAAUCUGUUAUUAAACAUCGUAAGAAUUAAUUACACCGUAAUAGUAUCUAAUGCUUGGGUCUUCAAGAAAAUUGUUCGAAAAUUAACUUCUCGCGUGUAGAAAGUUAUGAAAGC